UUAUAACAUAAGCAGUAAACCAGCUGCUUCACUUCUCUCAGGUUCUUCAUAUACCGCAUACAAUGUCUGCAUGCAUUGUUUGUAUUUUGGGUUCUCUGAAUCAAUAUGGAAUAUCCCUUUAAUGGUAAUUCAUUAAAUGUCAGUCGAAAAUAUGUGGGAUUCCAUGUUUAUCGUGGUUGAACAAAAUUACUUAAUUUACUUCAUGAGAUAUGAAAAUAGGCCACAUAGGUUUUUAAUCUAUGAUUGCAUAAAACUCAAUAUCAGAAUUAAAAUAAACCUUCAGCUCCAUGCAACCAGUACAUGUACUGAAAAAUCACAUCAUAAAACACAUACAUGUAUUCGAUACAAAUAAUAGUCUGUUGUUUGUACCUGAGGUUUCCCUUUUUAUGUGGGAAUCCUGCAUCCCUGAGUGUAUUUAUAUGUAGGAACUCAAUCUUAUUUCUUUGUUCAGUCUGUAUGGCUGAACAUGGCAAUGACAUCACAGAAUGGGCGUCAGGACAAACUAUUCUCCCUCUUCCCAGGGUGUAAAAUACGGAUGUCUUUUCUGCCAACAAACUAACCAAAUGAGCAAAAUAAAGUCAUUAGUUUGCAGAUAACAUUCAGAGGUACAGUAUGUUACCUUACUAAAAGGGAAAAACAUGUGCAUGCUGAUUUAAAAUGGCAGGCUAUGGUUGGGUAGGUGUGUGUGUGUGUGUGUUAGAGAGGCAGACGAGCUGCUUUAGAAGAGAAGGAAGAAUAGAUUUUCACUGUUCAAAUUGAGAGUUAGGUGGUGAGCCACAUGUAUCCAAUGAUCAAAAGACUCUGGACAUGUGCCACACAGUGUUGUGAAUUCAUUCUAGUUGCCUUUGACUUACUACUGGAUAUCAAAUGACCUGGAUGAGUGGGUGAGAAUUUUCAUGGAUGUUACAGCACGUGCAAUAAAAUAUUUCGACAUUCAGCAUGGGAAUAUGUUUCAGCCUUCUCAAUGAUUGCUAGUAACGACAGAAAUAUCACGUAGGUUACAGUGGUUGCCACGAUCAUUUCGACUGAGCCAGAGCACACAGAAGAGCGGUUAGUUGAGAUGAUUCGGUUUUAUUCAGUAUCUGCUCUGGGACGUUUUCUUUGUCUUAGAGGCGCUCGAACGAAGACUGAGAUAGGCUACAAAGUCUGAUUUAAAGGUUAAAUUUCAGUGGUCACUGCUGGGAAAAUAUGCAGUUAGUGGAUAGUUGAAAAUUUGAGCAAGCUGUCCCUUUAAGAGGAUGAGAUGACACUGCCCUUCAUCUAUUUUAAGAAAACAUUUUACAUACAUUUUUACUUCAAUAACUAAAAGGGAAUUUCAGAGAAAAACAGGGAAAAUGCCCUUACAGCCAACAGCAUGAUUUAUGCUCAAUGUGUAUUUUCAUGCUGUACAUAUCUAAGAUGUCACGACAGAAAAAAAAUACUGUUUUAAAUAUGGGCCUAAAAUUAUUUAAAGUCAAAAAUUGCAAUGCAUCACAAAAUAAAACAACCUUCUUCAUUUUCCACAAUAACAAAACAGAAAAAUGAGUGUAUUAUCUAUUUAUUCAAACAUCUCAGAAACACAGACAGGAACAACAAUACUGCUGAGGAGCCUAAAAGUGAUUAAAUCACAAACCAUACUCUAGUAUAUUAUACUAAACUUUCACUAGACAUGCAAAUAUUUAAGAUCUAGAGAGAAAGCUACUGUUUUAAAUAAGCACAGUACCACCAAUCUCCAUGAAAAACCCCAUAUAGCAGUGUACCCACAAAUAGUAAUAAAGAUACCUGAUUUGAUUCACAAUGAUUCAGUGAACAAUCCGUCAGACUUAAUGGCCGAACACGCGAAUAAAGACAAAGAGGACAUUUUGCCUGGUUUUUCUGACUCCAUACACCGGUCUCAUGUACCUCAUAUGCUUCUACAAUACGGCAUGGAGUGGCACAAGCCGUGAAAAAUGCCUGUAUAAAAAUGAAAAAAUGAGCACUUGUUUGACCUACAAGGUGAAACUGGCAGUCUAACAUAUGAUCAACGUAGCCUAUAAAGGAUAUUAAAUUGUCCUGUGGGUGUACAAAAUAUCCACACGUGUACCAGCCCCUUUUCAUCAAUCAAUUUACAAAGAACAAUUGUCAAAAAAUAUUUUUGUCGCCGAGCAAAGAGACAGCUGUCCAAAAGAAGGGAGGCCAAUCCUCUGUGUGGAAUAUUCCAGUCUGUCAGCAGCACGCAGCGCUGAAUGGCGCAACCCCCACCAGGGAGGUGUUUUUUUAAACAAAGGCUUAUAAAUAACCCACUGACGGAUACUGGAGCAAAAUUUUCACCUUUGUUACACACAUUUUAUCUCUGACAAUUUUGUCUCCUUUGGCAGUGGGGCGUUAAGAAAAGCAGGGUUGCAGAAUGUGUUUAUAGCCUCGUGACUGUCAGAUGGAGCAAUAUGCACACUAUGCAGCCGGGUGGAUAACAAGAAAAACAGGCCUCUGACACACCGGCCGCAAUUUUAUCUGUGUCCUCAAACUUAACACACCCUCUCACACCGCAAAAAAAAAAGAGUGGCAGAUACCGGCACCAUACAGGCGCAACUAGACCCCGUUUAGCGCGCACGAACAAAGACCCUCCCUCCUCUGUUUUUAACUCCUUUGACGAACAAAAGACAAACUCGCAUCUUGUUAGUUCAUAUUAUCUCAUCUGUAGCACUUAAAAAACGGCUCGAUCUGCCCGUCUUUGUCUCAGGUCGGAGAGCAUGCGCAGUAGCUCACCCCUUCCCCCGCGUGUUAUUUUCACCCAGAUAUAAAAAACAGGGCUUAGCGCAGAGGAUUCCUGAUGACCUUAUAUGGCAGUGUGGGGGUGCAGCAGCACGCUCGAGCUCUCAUGGCAGCGGUCCAGAGCUCUCGGAUUACUGCCGUUUAGCAGGUCGAGCCAGCCCAGCAACCGACCGCCUGAAUACGCCACCUUAUUACAUGUUUCCUCUUUUAAACGCACUGUCGAGCCAUUUUCUUCAUGUUUGAUUCUCGUUUAAAGUUCAGCCAUUCGAGUAAAAUCACGCCAGUGUCGGUCGGUGUAAAGAUUUGCCGUUGAAUCACCGAGAAACGUCCUCGGGAAAAAAAAACCACUUCACUCUCCCCGUGAGUUAGCAAGCCUCACCCAGUUAUGGCGCAGCAACAUUUUACAGCACAGUGCCCUCCUUUGUCUGCAAAGAAGCCAUUUUGAGACAAGAAAACAGCAGAGAAACCAUGAGUGUAGUCUACAUAUCACUUAAAAGGUCUCUGUGGAUGAAGGGAAGCAGUGAAAUAUAGGAGAUUUCUCCCCAUAAGAUUUUUUUUUGCUCGUUUAAGACGUGGAUUACAUGUGUGAAUCCUAAUGUAAGUUUGCCAUAUCAAUCAAAAAAUAAUGGGUUACAGUUACAUUUUUUAAAAAGUCAAUACAGUUUUUCUUAUACUGUUUUAAACACAAUCAUUGCUCGUGUUGUCUGAACUAUGUUAGGCUAUAAAAUACUCAAGCUACAUGUAAACAUAAUAAACUGUCAAAUAACGCGAAAAAGCUCAAAAUCCAUUACCUUUCAUAACAACAUUACCUCGUGGUUUUAUAUGACGUAUCUCAGUUAGAAAUGUCGAAAUAGAAGAGGUUAUACUUGACUGCAAUCCUGUCUUCAAGGAGAGAGAGGAGAUGGUUUGCAUAUUGCCCACACAGAUGAUGCUUGAAGAUGCAUAUUCGCAGGCUGAGAGGCAAUGCCUACCACUGAUCAAAAAGUUUUCAAAAGAGCUCUAUCUUUCGUGCUAAUGGAUUCCUUCCUUUUCAGGAGACGCUUUCCCACCCCUUAUUAAUGCCAUUAUUAGAGGAUCCGAAGAUGGAGCUGAAAACGUUCCUCCUAUCUCUGCGUUUAGGCCUGUUAACUGCAUUUCACCAAAGUGCUGAGGUAAAUAUUUUCACCAAGAGUUUUCCCUCCAUCUGUUUCCUCUUAAGGUUGACAGUCUAAUUAUUGAACCGAUGUACUGUAAGGUAAAAAAAAAAAAAACAAAAAAAAAACAAGGCUACCUGACUGGGCUUCUUAAGAAAUUUAAAUAUGCCCUUGAAGCAAGGUCAAGCCGACGUUUACUCUGUGGAAGCGUUUGGGUUUUAAAUGGCAAAUGGACAGCACGAACCUAAUCGUGCUUGGCGUGGUCUCCACAGUUGUAGGUAUAGGCUGCAACACAAUCCACCAGGAUGUUAAGCGUUGCUGCUGUGAGAGGAAAUUUUUUUAAAGUCAUUAAUCAAAGCAAAUGGGUUAUCAAUCAACAGUCAAAAUUGCAGGCAGCACAAUAAGCUAUUUUACAAAAGGCCAUUAGUUAUCCAUGGCCUGUUUUAUGUCAUUUGAGGAGCAGUGGUAUAUAACCUGGACUGUAGGCUGUAUAUUUGUAAGCAUGCCAGUGAACAUUUUUAAUAAAGUUGGCUAUAACAGAUGUCAAAUGACUGAUACAUAACUUGACAGAAAAUGCUUUUAAUAACAGUAAAUGCAUGCCUCACAUUUUACAGUACUAAAUUACCAAAACUGUUAAUUAUAAAAGAUUUUUUAACUUACUCAUUGUUUCUAUCCUACAAGGCCAUAAGUGCAAUGCCAACAAUCAGCCACCACACUGUCACUUUAACUUUGACUUUUUCUUUUUAAUUCAACAUCUCCAAAACCAUAAGCUGUUUAUUCACAACAUUUGGUUUCUUUUCACUUAAAAAAUAUAUAUACUAUUUAUAUGGGUGUGCCAUGACCUAGUUAAGACAAAGAUGGAUUCCAGGCAGAGGAAAAAAGGCUCAAAAUGUCACAGGGUAUUACAUCCAGUACAUUCUCUUCCUUCUUCUCAAUCCUUUAAAAAGGAGGAAUCAUAGUUUUAUCAUAGUCCGUGAGAGAUGAGGAAAUCAAGUGUAAGAUCCCUUUUGGAACAAAGGAAACCCAUAUAGGCCAUUGAGUCCUGUUUUAGGAAAAUGGCUGCCAAGAGCGCUCGGCCCCCUCUCUCUGCUCUCUGUUGAAGGACUCCUGAGCCGUGCUUCUAAUAGCAGACGGCUCCUCUGCUGCUGCGCUCUGAUUGGCUCGCCGAGCUGCUGCUGUUAACCAGCCAAUUGCCCGAGCACUGCAAAAUACCAGGCAAUGUCAAGCAAAAAUCCAGUUUGUUCGACUACACUUCAUCAAAAAGAAAAAAAAAAAACCCAAAAAACUAAACAUGUGAAAUCCACACCGGUUCAAGAUUGUUUUAAAGUAAAAGCGCCAUAGUUGUUUGGUAUUAAAAUCCUAUUCCCCUGCUCACAUUAGUAGUCAGCAACUAGCUCUUCAGCAGCGGAGCCCCCAUUUGUUUGUUUUCGUUUUCAAAUAUGGCCCAGUACAUUUAAAUUCAUAAACGACCACAGGUCUGUACACAAAACACCUGCGAGUAAAUCAAUUUUAUCAACCUUUAAUAGCAGUUAAGGAGAUUUUACUCCUGUCUACCUUGUGUUUGCCAUUUGGGUAAAUGCAAUCGGCAGAUUCCGCACAAAAAAUGAUUUUGAGGUUUAGCGACACAAAACCUUUACCAGGUCGGUAAUAAUUUCACGUUUGCACAUGGACGUUACUGUUUGGGUCCUUUAAAAAAAAUCUAAGAAUUUAAUGCAGGUCAAUAAUAACAUUAAAAGACCAAAGGAGAGAGGAAUAAGUUCGUAACGAAUGUGCGGCUCGCAUCGGAGGUGGGCAAGCCUAGCGGUGUAUUGUGGGAGAGACAGAAGCUACAGACCAGAGACACACAAUAUGUGUUGGCUCUCGCCGAAAAGGAGGCAGUAUUCUUCAAGCUAAAUCAUGUAAUGUAAGCGGCGAAAGGAAAGCGAUUUCUUCUUUUCAUCAAUUAAAGAAAAAUCACUCGAUCGGACGAAUCAUGUCCAAGCCAGGCGAGAGAAACAGAUUGAACGAAGACCAUGGCAGAAAGCAGAGUUCAAGUUUGGCGAACGGCAUGGACAGUCAUCCCGUCUGCGGCUCCGCGGAGAAGCGGAGUCACCACUGGAGAAGUUACAAGUUGAUCAUCGACCCGGCGCUGAAGAAGGGAUCACACAAACUGUAUCGCUACGAUGGACAGACUUUUAGCAUACCCAACCCCGGGAUACAACCAGUGGACAUCGUCCGAGACCCGAGGAUCGGUCGUCUCUGGACUAAGUACAAAGAGACGGACCUACCGGUGCCGAAAUUUAAGAUCGAUGAGUGUUACAUCGGCCCCGUGCCUCCAAAGGAGGUGACAUUCGCCAGGCUGAACGACAACAUCAGGGAAGGAUUUCUUACCGACAUGUGCAAAAAAUUUGGAGAAAUCGAGGAGGUCGAGAUCUUGUACAAUCCGAAGAACAAGAAGCAUCUCGGAAUUGCCAAAGUUGUUUUUGAGACCGUGAAAGCAGCCAAGGUGGCCGUGCAGACGCUCCAUGACACGUCUGUUAUGGGAAACAUCAUCCACGUGGAGCUGGACCCGAAAGGUGAGAAUCGCCUUAGGUACUUCCAGCUCCUGAUGAAUGGCAGCUACACUCCUCGGACCCUGCCAGUCGGUGGAGAGGAGGCCAGAGAAGUUUCCCCGCGUAGCCUGGCAGAAGCCUUACUGGCCUGCGAGCCUAUCCGCAGGUUGUCGGAGAGCAGCGUGUCUGCUGUUGGAGGAACAUUACCACACAGCAGCUCCACCACACCUCUGUCCCUGGAGACGGGCUACUCCAGCCUAAGGCAGGACACACCUCAGUCCCAGGGAACCCCUCAUACCCCACGCCAGACAGGUACACCCUUCUCGCAAGACUCCAAUUACUCCAGUCGGCAGUCCACACCCGCCUUCCAGUCUAGUCGUCCUGAGAGCUCUGGAGGUUACAAAUGUCGGAGACAUGACAGCAAGUUCCAGGAUGCGUACAACCGCAGGCCAGAGAGGCCUCAGUACCGCAGCAACAUGUACCGAAGUACGACAUCUGAACAAACUCCCUUCAAGCAACACCAAGUCACCCCACCUGAGCCGCCACCCUCCACCCCCUCUUUCACUUACACAGCGCCUCCCCCUGCUACGCCCAACUUCAAGUCCGCCUUCUCACCCUACCAGGCUCCCUUGCCCCCUGCAUUCCCCCCAUCAGAGCCAGCUUUCCAUCACCCAGCCCAAAGGGAGGGUGAGUACCUUCGACCACCGCAGCCGCCUCUGGCAGCUUCCACUGACUUUUUGCCCAUCAAGGAGAGACCAGAAACUCCUCCGAUCCCAGAGCCCCCACCUGAGCCCAUUCCCCAUCCGACCACCCCUCCUCCACAAACGCCAGAGCACUGCCCCUCACCUGGCUCCCCCACGCUGGAUCCAGAGCGAAAUAGCCUGGAUUCUCGCAUUGAGAUGCUCCUCAAGGAGAAAAGGACAAAACUGCUGCCAUUUCUGGAGGAGCGAGACUCUGACACUGAGGUGCGAAUGGAGGGAAGUCCAAUUUCCUCCUCGUCCUCUCAGCUGUCCCCAAUUCCCCCUUACACAAGUGGCUCCCAAGGUGGCCAGCAAAAUUCCCGUCCCUCUAGCACAGGCUUGGAGGACAUCAGUCCGACCCCACUGCCAGACUCUGAAGAUGAAGAGCCAAUUCCUGGAACUGCCUCACUGCUCAAGAGAACCAGCUCUCCUGUCCAGGAGAAGAUGAGCAACAGUGACCUCAAAGAUGGACAUUUCCGAGGCCACUCUCCCACUGAUAAAAUGGACACGGGUCAUCAGUCAUCAGGAGAAGACAUGGAAAUCUCUGACGAUGAGAUGCCAGGUACUCCAAUCACCAGUGGAGACUGUGGCAAGGGCAUUGUUGUAAACUCUGCAGUGUCCCCGAUGCAGACUAUUUCCAUCCCUCCUCCCGGUUUCCCCCCUCUCCCGCACCAGGCCGGCUUCCCCAUCCCACAUCACCACCUGCCCCCUCACUCCGCCGUCCCGGGACAUCCUGCUCACCUGGCCGGUCACCCUGGAGUGCCUCCCCAUAUGCUGCCACACAUGGGCCCCUACCCUCAUAGCAUGAUGCCACUGAUGCAAAUGGAGCUAAUGAACUGCUUGCGGUGGGAACAGUGGAGCACCGUUCCCAUGUCCUUCCAGAUGCAGCAGCAGAUGCUAAGUCGCAUGGCUCAGACUAGAGGGCCCUAUCCUUAUCCACAUUUUAUGGACGGUGGUGCAUCUGGUCCUUUUGGGGGACCAUAUCCACCUCUGUCUAUGGGGGCUACACCUGGUAGCACUGCAGGAGCACCUGGACAACAAUGGCAGCAUCCAGGUAUACCAAAGUUCAACCCUACUGUUCCUCCUCCUGGAUAUGAGACUAAAAAAGAGGAUCCCCACAAGGCCACUGUUGAUGGUGUGCUGCUGGUCAUUGUCAAAGAGCUGAAGGCCAUCAUGAAGAGGGAUCUUAACCGCAAAAUGGUGGAGGUGGUGGCUUUUAGAGCCUUUGAUGAGUGGUGGGAUAAGAAGGAACGCUCAGCAAAGGCGUCUUUGACUCCAGUGAAGGGCUCUGAGGGGAAGGAGGAAGAAAGACCCAAACCCAAAGAGACGAUGGGUUCAAGUCUGCUGGAGAACUGGAACAAGGGCGAGGGACUGGGCUAUGAGGGCAUGGGCCUGGGAAUCGGUUUACGAGGAGCCAUCCGCUUGCCCUCCUUCAAGGUGAAAAGGAAGGACCCGCCUGAGGCUGCUUCAGCAGGGGACAACAAACGAGCCCGACCCUCAACUCCAGUGGAUGAUGAGCUGGAGGAUGAAGACCGGGAUCGAGACCCAGCUGAGCUCCCCUCAGAUGAUUCCAAGAUGGACGCUGACAGUACGUCAGCAAAGCGACGACACUCGCGGCCGCUUGAACUGGACAGCGAAGGGGAGGAGGAGGUGGACACCUCAGGGAAGGAGGAGGAGUCAUUGUCAGACAGAGAGGAGGAGCCUGAUGAAACGGAGGCUCCUGAUAGGCUGUUGUCUGGCAAAGAGAGUGGCAAUGAAGAGGGUGAUGACGAAGACGAGGGAGACUCAUCCAGUGAGAGUGCUUCCUCAGACUCGUCUGAUGAUGAAGCUCAGAGUUCAGCUUCCUCCAAGACCAGCUCAGACUCCUCAGAGGAAAGCUCGGACUCAUCUGAAUACGAGUCAAGCUCGGAUGAGGAUGAUGAGGAAGAAGCAGAGGCAUUGACGGGACAAGAUGUGGACGACGAAGACAAAGUGUCCAGGACCUCGUCAUCCUCUUCAUCUUCUACAACUUCAUCUUCUGAUGAAGAACAGGGGGAGGCAGAGACUGUGGCACAAAGUCCUCCUGCGGGACCAGUCCCAGAGAAUAAGGAGGACCAGAGGAGCAAGGAGGAGCUGAGCAGCAAGCCCAAACGCAGACCUCCUAGCCCGGAGGAGGUAAUGGAGGAUCUGAAGCCACCUUCACCCAAACGGAUCCCAGUAAAAGAGCCGGACAUCAGUGUAGAUGGCAACAUUCCUGUAGUGAAGUCUGAACCUCAGGAGGUCAUAGCGAACCUUCGGCCUCCCACUCCAACAGGUGCCCUGCCUGACAGUGACCAGGAGACAAAAAGCAAAGCAGUAGAAGGCCGUUCCCUCCUACAUCCACCCCCUGGUCCCCUGCCUGACCUCCCUCAGCGGGCAAGGCUCCCCACAGAUGAGGAUAUCCCCCGCACACCGGGCAGGGACCUUAUGGAGCGUGCCCGGAGUCUGGGCAAGUCCCAGAGCACGGACACAGUUCCCAUCACACCCGGUAGUGAUGCCCCCCUGACGGGCAGCAGCCUGUUGCUUAGCUCCCCUCACAUACCUGGUAGCCCCUUUUCCUACCCUGCACAGUCCCCUGUCCUUAGUGCUGGAGUCCCCCGCACUCCAGGAAGAGACUUAACCUUCACCCCUGUCUUCCCUGACCCCACGGCCCCACUGACUCUUAAUAGAAAAAUAUCCUCUGAGAGCCUGGAUGAUAGACCAGUUUUUAAGGAGCCGCCCAUCAGUGCCCUACCUAACCAGAGCUUGUCAGCUGGAGCAGAGCCCAGUGUCCCUGAAGAUCUCCCUGCUGGUCUCACUCUAGAUGUCCCUGUGCCAUCAGAUACUGCCCAGUCAAAGAAGAAACCUGGGCGACCCAAAGGCAAAAAGACCCCAGCUGUCUCCGCGGCUGAAGAGUCUUUGGAGCUGUCGCCUGAGUCCACCCCUCUGUCUCAAGACACACAUCUCGGUGAUCUGUCCAUGCAAAGAAUGUCUGCCAAGUCCCCCGACAACACAAGCCUGGACUUCCGGGAAGGAGAGAUGGAACCUCAGACGGUCUUGCCUGCAGAAGACGGCUUCUUGUCCUACGAAGAAGAGGCACCAGUGACAGUGAAGCCUGCACGGAGGCAGCGGCGAGGCUGGGAGGAGCUGCUCCUGGGCAGCCUGUCCCCCGUAACCUCGCCUCCCCGGCCGUACUUCACCCCACGCACCGAGUUCGAGGAGAUGACCAUCCUGUAUGACAUUUGGAACGAAGGCAUAGAUGAGGAGGAUGUGCGGCUUCUGCAGAUCACUUAUGACAAGAUGCUCCAGCAGGAUAAUGGCAAUGACUGGCUGAAUGACACCCUCUGGGUCAACCAUCCUCCUACCAGCAUCCCUGGAGUUAAGAAAAAGAGAAGAGAUGACGGCAUGAGGGAUCACAUGACCGGCUGUGCGCGAAGUGAGGGAUACUACAAGAUUGAUAAAAAGGACAAGAUCAAGUACCUUCAGAGCACAAGGCUGCAGUCAGAGGAGCCACCAGUGGACACACAGGGUAUGAGUAUUCCUGCACAGGUUCACGCCUCCACCAGAGCUGGCUCGGAGCGCCGGUCGGAGCAGCGGCGUUUACUGUCCUCGUUUGCGUGUGACAGUGACCUGCUGAAGUUCAACCAGCUGAAGUUCCGUAAGAAAAAGAUCAGAUUCUGCAAGUCACACAUCCACGACUGGGGUCUGUUUGCUAUGGAGCCGAUAGCUGCUGAUGAAAUGGUGAUCGAGUACGUGGGGCAGAACAUCAGACAGGUGAUCGCGGACAUGCGAGAGAAGCGCUACGAGGAGGAGGGCAUCGGUAGCAGCUACAUGUUCCGCGUUGACCAUGACACCAUCAUAGAUGCCACGAAGUGUGGCAACUUUGCCCGUUUCAUCAACCACAGUUGCAAUCCUAACUGUUAUGCGAAGGUCAUCACAGUGGAGUCUCAAAAGAAGAUUGUGAUCUACUCCCGACAGCCCAUUAACGUCAACGAGGAGAUCACUUACGACUACAAGUUCCCCAUCGAGGACGAGAAGAUCCCCUGUUUGUGUGGGGCAGAGAACUGCAGGGGAACGCUGAACUAACGUCCACUCGAGGUCAAUCCUGUGAAAGUGCUGUCCUCAACCAUUGUUCAAGUUUUUCCUUACCUGCACAUGUCGGAACCUCGUGGGCGAAGAAGAACUGAAGAGGGAAGCUUUUCUUUUGGGGAAGAAACCUGUGCUUCGUCUGGAUAGAGUUGAGCUACCUGUGCGGCACUCUUCACACAUUUAACUCUAGAUUGUUUACGAUUUAUGGUGCUCUUGAAAAACGCAGAGUUUUUUUUUUUUUUAUAUCUGCCAGUGACACUUGACUUGCUGGUGCAGCAUUUCCUCCCCCUCCUCUCAACGUCGGACAGUAUUCCAGCAUGGUUCCCUCCACGUCCAGUCCUGGUUUGUACAGUUCUACACUUUUCCCCUUUCAUUUGUCUCAUAAGCUUUACACACACCACACGUGGUACAAAAACAAAAAACCCUACACAGACUCACAUGUUCAGCUGCUUACUAACACUGUUGAGACGCACAAGCUCACCAGGAAAACACCUCUCUGUGGGGGACGUCAUGGUCAGCACCUGAGCAGAUGGCAGGCGGCGCUGUUUCCAUCAUCCAGCAGCAGGCGAGGUGGCGGUGGAGCGUCACAUCCCGCCACGAACUGCAAACCCUGCUUUCUCGCUCCUACCUCCUCUGCACCAGUUUUCUUGGAAACAAAUCAAACUGAUUCAAAAAAAAAAAAAAAAAAAGGAAAAAAAAAAUUCAAGCAACAAAAGUGAUUAAAUCCUGCCACAAAAUCUGGAAUAUUUGGAUAUCACACUUGCUUUCACCAGCCUACAAUGGAUCAUGCUGCUUCCUCUUAGUUUAUGCAAAAAGUUAAGGAUGACGUGCAAAAUUUGUAUUAAUGAUAUUCCAGUGUUUUCCAGUUUUGUUUAGGUAGAUCUCCUCUUGCUUGUUUUUUCAAAAGACACUAUAUUUGUGUAUUUGUGUGUGUGAAUGUGUGUCAGGCUUCUUCUGACUGAGAAAGUUUAUCAACAUAUCUUGGUGAUAAGGAAACAUGAGUGCACUGCCCCCUGUAGGCCGCAGCGCAGAAGGCCGACCAAUCAUGCAGAGCAAGAAAAUGAAUCGAUUCCUGACAACAUCCACCGGGCAGCAUUUGAAAAAUCUUCGUUUAACUAAGUUUUUCAUCUCCGGAAGAAAUAAUUAUUUCUCAUUUGAAGUGCCAUAUGAAUGUGUAACAGUCUUUAUUAACCCGAGCAGUCAGGAAACUUCUGUUUUUUUCAGAGUGCUGUCACCUGGAGCUGCAUUCACAUGUGUGAGCAAAAAGAAUUGCUGCCUUUCCCCCCCCCCACUCUGCUCUGUUUGAUGGUGAUGUUUCGGCUUCCUUCGUCUGUGGCUGGGGUGCCUGUCUCAUGUUUGUGUGCUCAUGGACUCCCCUUCAGCUGCAGCAGUUAUUAAUUUACCAGUGUUCAAUGUUUCCUGUGUGACAAAAGUGUUUCUGCGGCCCGGCAGAUCUCCUCACCAUAGUUCAUAAGGGUUGUUCUUUCCUUACAAAGUCAUUAAGAAAAAAAAAAUAUCAUGAAUGCACUCGAGGCUUGCACUUCUGCUUUACACCCUCUCUUUAGCCAAUCAGUUGCCCCAUCAAGACCAAGUCAGUCAUUGCUUUUCUUUCAGUUGGAUUGAUUAUGGAGAUAUUCCUUUGUUUUUUCACUAAUGAUGUUUGUAUUGUAUAUGAUUACUUGUACAGAAGAUCUAAAGCUUUUUUUAUCAUCACAGGGGUAACACUUUUAAGAUGCAUCUCUUCUCUUUUUUUAACAAAAGACUGAAUAUUUAAAAAUAUUUUCAGAGAUCUGUAAAAGGAAUCUGAGGGUUUAAAAAGGUUGUUUAUUUAAAGAAAAAGGUCCACUGUGUACAGGAAAAGUCUCCGCCUCCCUUUUUGAAAGAUUGUUUCUUGUAGAAACGUCUUCAUUUUCUGCCCGUUUGCUUUAUAAUCCUAGAAUAUGUAAAUACUGUAACUGUGAAUAACUAUAUAAAUAUAUAUAUAUUUUUUGUUCCCUGGGAUUUGCUACAUGAACACAGCUCAGAGAUCUAUGUCAGAUACGAGGUUGAGCGAUGAGCUGGUAGCAGGAAAUUCAGCUUGUGUCAAGCUUUGUUUUUUUUAUUUUCUGUUGUAAAUUCUAUGAAAAGUUGUUUGCGGUGUGGAGAAAAAAAAACAAAAGGUGCAGGAUCGGCAUGGGAAGAGGAUUGAAGAUUCAGCCUGUUUCUCAUGUCUAUUUAUUACACGACAAAUGUAUGAAAAAUGGAAAUAAAGCAGUUUUGCAUACAUCCAUAAA